GUAUAUCUAGAUAAGCGUUCGUGGUCACACUGGCAAACCCAAAAAAAUUAAAAUUUAAGAGUUCUGUGUGAAUCGCUUUAAGCCAUAAAGUCGCCGAAAUAGCGUAAAACCAGACGAACUCUUGAACAGCUCGACCAGUAGGUGACUGUUUUUCCAAUUGUUUGCCACGGAGAGCAAAAUGAGCCGGCCAUAAGAGCAGAGGAGCCAUUAAACCAACACGUAAUCCCCCAGAGAAUCGGAAACCGAGCACACCCAGAGAAAUCCUUCAGCUGCCAGUUAAAGAACAGAAAACUCGAGGUAAACUGUAAACACGAGUGUGGAGAAUGGUCAGAAAGCAAGUUGGAAUCGAACACAGUGCAUCCUUAGCAGUAAGCAAGCAGCAGGAUCAAAAGGAGCAUAAGGACUAUAAGCCAGAGGAUCAGAAGCAACAGCACAUCGACAUCGACUUGACGCCCGAUCCGGCCACUAACUUAAACUUCGCCCAGCAGGCGCAGGCCAACUAUUCCGCCCGCACGCUAGCCGCCAGCUAUGAGCACGGCCAGAAUCUCGGCCUGCAACAUGCCCAUCUUAACAAUACCACCACCAACACGCCCUAUGAUCUGUACGAGAUCGCCAGCUCCGGCUCCAUCCUGCCCACCGAGAUCCCCAUCGAGGACGAGGAGCGGCUGGAGCGCAUCUUCAACAAGCUGGACCGCGACGGCGAUGGCAGGAUCGACAUCCACGACCUGUCGGCGGCACUGCACGAGUUCGGAUUGUCGAGCGUUUACGCGGAGAAAUUCCUCCAGCAGUCGGACAAGGAUCAGAGCGGCAACGUGGGCUUCGCCGAGUUCCUGCAUUACGUGCGGGAGCAUGAGAAGAACCUGGUCCUGCAGUUCUCGCACCUAGAUAAGAACCGUGAUGGCAAAGUGGACUUGGAGGAGCUGAUAUCGGCGUUCAAGGACCUGGGCCUGGACAUUGACUUGGACGAGGCCAGAAAUCUGCUCACCAGAAUGGACAAGGACGGCAGCCUGAACAUUAGCUUUAACGAGUGGCGGGACUUCAUGCUCUUGGCGCCCUCAACGGACAUUCACGACUUGAUUAAAUUUUGGCGGCACUCUACUUACCUCGACAUUGGCGAGGAUAUGAACGUACCUGAUGACUUCACACAGAAAGAGAUGCAGACGGGCCUCUGGUGGCGACACUUGGUGGCCGGUGGCAUAGCUGGAGCAGUUUCCCGGACGUGUACAGCGCCGCUGGACAGGAUUAAAGUGUACUUGCAGGUACAAACACAAAGAAUGGGAAUCUCAGAGUGUAUGCACAUCAUGCUGAACGAGGGCGGAUCGCGGAGCAUGUGGCGAGGCAAUGGCAUCAAUGUGUUGAAGAUUGCCCCCGAAACUGCCUUCAAGUUUGCUGCCUACGAACAGAUGAAGCGACUGAUCCGCGGAGACGAUGGCAGCCGCCAGAUGAGCAUCGUGGAGCGUUUCUACGCGGGCGCUGCGGCAGGCGGCAUUUCACAGACCAUCAUCUACCCCAUGGAAGUAUUAAAGACGCGCCUGGCGCUCCGGAAAACGGGACAGUACGCGGGCAUUGCCGAUGCGGCGGUCAAAAUCUACAAGCAGGAAGGAGUGCGCAGCUUCUACCGCGGCUAUGUACCGAACAUCCUGGGUAUCCUGCCUUAUGCCGGCAUCGAUUUGGCGGUAUACGAGACCCUCAAGAGGCGGUACAUUGCCAACCACGACAACAACGAGCAGCCCAGCUUCCUGGUGCUCCUGGCGUGCGGCAGUACAUCGAGCACACUCGGACAGCUCUGCUCCUACCCGCUGGCCCUGGUGCGCACCCGGCUACAGGCACAAGCCGCCGAAACAAUUGCCAAUCAAAAGCGGAAAACGCAAAUACCCCUGAAGAGCAGCGACGCGCACAGUGGCGAGGAGACGAUGACGGGCCUGUUCCGCAAGAUCGUCCGACAGGAGGGUCUGACGGGGCUGUACCGCGGCAUCACGCCAAACUUCCUCAAGGUCCUGCCGGCGGUGUCCAUCAGCUACGUGGUGUACGAGUAUACGAGUCGCGCCCUGGGCAUUAAGAUGUCGUGAGAUGUCUGUCCUAAUCUCGCUCCUAUCAGGUUAACUCGGCUCGGCCCGGCCACCCGUCUGCGGCCCCGCUCUGCAGGGCGGAUCGGGCUGCGGCCGGGAGUGCGGCUGGUGAUCCGGCUGACGCUGUGCUCCAUUUUGUAUAGUAGUAGCGUUAGGUUAAGUCGGCUCGGUCGCCACUCGCUCUCUGCUGCAAUGAGACAGUCUCGUGCUGCUUUCCUUAAGUGUAAAACAGGCCUCUUCCACGUUCUGGGUUAUCCGUUUUAAGUUUUUAUAGUUGAAUUAGUUUGGUUAUUUUCUUAAAAUAUAAAAUAAGUGAUACUA